AUGGUCGAGCCCCCUCCCACUUUAAAUCCUCUUACAUGCGACAGUGUCAGACUGGCGCGACCCCCGCGGUCCCCGCGCCGCCUCCUUGUCCACAGAGAUGACCCACAAAUUAAUGCACAUAAUAAACCGAUUGUAGUCUGCGUGUUAGUGGCGUGCGCUGCGGCUGACAACGUUCGCCAGAAGCGCGGUUACCUCAGCGGCCACCACUCCGCUAAUGGGUUAUCUCAUGGUCCCUCUAAUGGGUACAGCUACUCCGCACCCGCUUCCAGCUACUCUGCACCUGCUGUCAGUUACUCUGCACCCGCAAUAGGCUACUCCGCACCCGCAAUUAGUUACUCAGCCCCCUCUGUGAGUUACGCUGCGCCUGCUGCCUCAUACGCAUCCUCUGCUUCGUUUGGACACUCAGCACAUUCCCCAUCGAUUAGUUACUCAGCCCCCUCUGUGAGUUACUCUGCGCCUGCUGCCUCAUACGCGUCCCCUGCUUCGCUUGGACACUCAGCACACUCCCCAUCAUUUAGUUACUCAGCCCCCUCUGUGAGUUACUCAGCGCCUGCUGCCUCAUACGCGUCCUCUGCUUCGUUGGGACACUCAGCACACUCCCCGUCGAUUAGUUACUCAGCACCAGCAUCUUCCAUAAGUUAUUCAGCACCCGCGAUCCGCUACGCUGCAUCCGCUCCUGCCCUCAGCUAUUCGUCUGCCCCAGCAUUGAGUUACUCCUCUCCUAGCAUCGGUUACUCCGCACCGGCUCAGGCCCACAGCUACUCAUCUGCCCCCGUGUCAAGCUACUCUGCCCCAGUGAGCUAUGCGGCCCCUGCUAUAUCACACUCGGCCCCGGCAACCCGCGUAGUUACUGUCAAAAAAAUUGUGAACGUUAAGAAAGUAGUCACCGUCCCCCGGAUCAUAAAUGUAUCCAAAGUGGUCACCGUCCCCCAAGUGAUCACGGUCCAGAAAGUAGUACCUGCCGGUGGCUACUCCACCGGUGUCUCCAGCGGGCAAGGCGCUCGCUACGCCAGCGGCUAUGGCUCGGGCUACGGCAACGGCUGGUAAACUAUAUAUAAUGUGAAAUCUAGUCAAAUGUUCAAUUUACUGUUUGUUGCUUUACUUAGGUUGCUAUUAUUUUAAUUAAACAAUUUUGAAA